CGGCAGGACCCUGUCAGUCCACCAGUGUAAUCCUCGAGCUCUCUACUAACAGUCAGGAUUAGCCGAUGCGGUUGCUCUAAUUUCCCGUAUUUACUGACGUCGCUUCCACGUAGUGUGCAGAUGGGAAACUGAAAUUCCGAUGCCCUUCUGCGGGAAGCUGCAGCUGUUCCUGGUAAUUGUGAUGUCCCUGCAAACGCGCAGAGCGAAGCAAUUAGCAAACGUGUGCUGCUAGGGUGCGCCUCGUUUCACAUGGGAAUGCACACGUACAUGAAUUGCCGUACCGCAGCGCUGGUGCCCAAAGGCCAGGUUUACGCGGAUAUCAGGCAAGCGAGCUGGUCAGCGGCGUGCACACCAAAACAGUCUGGAGACAGGACUGGAGUGGCAGCAGCCAGCGAGUGGCGGCAAUCAAAAGUGAAAAGCUCACAUACCGAAAUGAGGCAAGCUUCGAGUAUUGCUCGGAGGAAGCCGGGGGCGCAAUACCCGAUUCGGCAACGGAUGCUAGGGCGGUUGCUGUUUCGCGCGCUGUCCGCUUCAAAGCCACUCGGUUGGCGUGCGUUCACGCUCGAUGUGCGUAAUGCGAUGCGUUCUGGAUUGAUGCAGAAGACACGACGGAGAAGGUGGUGUGAGAAUAAAGGGCGUUUCCAGAGCCAGUACGCGCAAAAAUCGGCCGACCCUACUCCCCACAGUCUUUUGCCUGCCCAGCCCACCAACCAGCCUGUGAUAUAACAUCAUGAGAGAAAUUGAGGGGCGUCGCGGGGUAGUGUGGACGGCGAACGUGGUUCCAUUCGAAAUACCUACACUCGGGCUGCUCAAACCCACACUUGUUGGGCAUGACUGCACAGCCCAGCGCCAUUUUUCAAAUCAAUCGCCGCAUCUUCUGCGCG